UGCUGUGUUCCUUAUUUGUCUUGUUUGGAAGUUACUCUGGUGACAUGAAGACGGGAGAGAUGAAGAUCAUUAACCAAGGCCUGCAGGACGAAAUGGAGGUGUGGGGGUACCGGCCCUGUUUGUGGAAGAUGGUCCUGGUGGGCAUUGGUACUUUGUGCUCUGGAGGUCUGCUGCUGCUGCUCCUGUACUGGCUGCCUGAGUGGGGCGUCAAAGGAACUUGCACACAGACCUCUCUGCAGGGUGCCCACACACUGCUGCUCAGGUCCACGCACAUCCAUGAACCUUCUCUUAGGCCUCCCUCCUCCUGCUUGGUUGCUCCAUCCUCAGCACCAUUUUCUACUGGCACUCUCACUGAAGAUGGUUUGGACCUGUGGGGUAUACAGAGAACAGACAACGGCAGCCUUCUGCUCCUUUACAGUUUUUGUCCUCCAGAAGCGGAGGUGGAUAAAGAGAGUCUGGUUAACUCAGCGAUCACAGCCUGCAUGGCUACUUGCCACUCACUGACGAGGAUAGAGGGCGAGCUCUCUGGAGACCCUUUGGACCUGAAGAUGUUCAGUGCCACAGGCUGGAUGCUAGAGGAGGCCACAGAGGAAGAAACUGCGCUUCAUAAUCCCGUAAUGCCCACAGUUGUGCGACCUCCAAAGCAGCUCAUCUGUGAAACCAAUCAGAACAUCACAUUAACAGAGCACAAGACCUUUGAGAUUGGUAUUGUGCAUCAGUUCCCAUUUUCCUCGGCUCUGCAGAGGAUGAGUGUGGUGGUCAGGAGGUUGGGGAAAAAACACAUGGAUGCCUACUUGAAAGGGGCGCCUGAGGUCGUGGCCAGCCUUUGCAAACAGCACACAGUUCCACACAAUUUCGCUGCCAUCCUCGAGGUUUACACCAGGCAGGGCUUCAGAGUUAUUGCCCUGGCACAUCGACAGCUGGAGUCUAACUUCUCUUGGCACAAAGUCCAGAGCCUCAGCAGGAAUGUGAUUGAGGCAAACAUGGAGUUCCUCGGCUUGAUCAUCAUGCAAAACAAAAUCAAAGUGGAAACUGCUGGGGUUCUAAAUGAUUUACGAAGAGCUAACAUCCGUACUGUGAUGGUUACAGGGGACAACAUGCUGACGGCUAUAACUGUGGCUCGAGACUGUGGGAUGGUCCGGCCACAUGACAAGGUGAUCAUAGCGGAUGCUGCUCCUCCUAAGGGUGCUCAACCUGCCAGUAUAACAUGGUGUUACACUGAAAACCCAAUUCACACCAACAAAGAUCAUCAGACGGUGGAGAUCCACCCAGAGGAAGGAGUGCAUGAUGAUCAGCUGACGGAGCGGGAGCAGAGUUAUCACUUUGUUGUGACUGGCCAAUCUUUUGCGGUCAUCUCUGAGCACUUCCCUCAGCUUGUCCAAAAGUUCAUGCUGAGAACCACUGUGUUUGCCCGUAUGGCCCCUGACCUAAAGACCCAGCUGGUACAAAUUCUACAAAACAUGGGCUACAUAGUUGGAAUGUGUGGUGAUGGUGCUAAUGAUUGUGGCGCAUUGAAGACAGCUCACUGUGGCAUUUCUCUGUCUGAGUUGGAGGCCUCUGUGGCAUCACCCUUCACCUCAUCCACCUCAAACAUCUCCUGUGUCCCUACCCUCAUCAGGGAGGGCCGAGCUGCCCUCACGACUUCUUUCUACGUCUUCAAGUUCAUGGCUCUGUACAGCAUCAUCCAGUACCUCAGCGUCAUCCAGCUGUACUCGAUCUUCAGUAAUUUGGGAGAUUUCCAGUUCCUUUUCAUUGACAUCUUCAUCAUUCUCACCAUCGUCUUUACAAUGAGUUUGAACCCUGCAUGGAAGGAGCUGGUGUGGCGCCGCCCGCCAUCCAGUCUGACUUCGGGCCCAUUGCUCUGCUCGGUUCUGAUCCAGAUCCUAACCUGCUUGGCUUUUCAGUUGGUGGGUUACUUCUUAGUACAACAGCAGAGCUGGUAUGAGAUCUGGACGCCCGAGUCAGAUGCCUGUAAUAUUUCCAGUAGUAUCACCAAUGCAAAUAGUACCAGCAAUACAACAGUUGUGGAUGAGAAAAACAUCAAGAACUAUGUGAACACCACGAUCUUCUACAUUUCCUGCUUUCAGUACUUGGCUAUGGGCGUCAUCUUCUCUAAGGGGAAACCCUUCAGACAGCCGACCUACAAGAACUGGCCCUUCAUGAUGUCCUGCAUUUUUCUGUAUAUAUUUCUCCUCGUUGUCAUGCUUCAUCCUGUUCCAGGGAUUGAUGAAUUUUUGGAGAUUGUGUGUGUUCCCAUGGAGUGGCGCAUUACAAUGGUUAUCAUUAUCAUCGCAAAUGCAGUGGUGUCUGUCAUGCUGGAGGUGGCCAAUGACCUCUGGGGUGCGCUGUGCCUCUCCUGGCUGUGCUGUCGGAGGAACAAGGCUCUGAAGGUGCGCUACAUACAGCUGGACCUGGAGCUGCAGGAUUAUGGUGACUGGCCUCCCAAACCCUCAACUGUCACCUACACUGAUGCUCAUCAGACCCAUAUUUCUCUGUGACACCAAAAUGACCACCAACCAAACUUACGACAAACAUUUAAUACAAGGAACCUCAAGCUUUUGUUUUCUUUUCAACAUGGAGACAUAUCUGAUGGCAUUUGACCAUUUGAUGGACUUUUAUAGAAUCUGACACCUUGUGGAUGCCACAGAAGGUGAGGCUUCACCAAUUGGGCUGACUGAGUCACAUUGCCAGCUUCUACUGUCCACAUAGUACCCUUCCAUUAGGAGAACUGCACCUCGGGGUAAACUGUACUGUUUUUGCCAUGCUUCUCUGCAUUUCUGGAGAUGGAUUACG